CGGCGCCGGCCGAGAGCCCGGCAUGGCCCCGCGGCCCGGCUUGUGACGGCCCGCGCCCCAGCGAGCCCGCCCGCCGGCCAUGUCGGCUGCCAAGGAGAACCCGUGCCGGAAAUUCCAGGCCAACAUCUUCAACAAGAGCAAGUGUCAGAACUGCUUCAAGCCGCGCGAGUCGCAUCUGCUCAACGACGAGGACCUGAGCCAGGCAAAACCCAUCUACGGUGGCUGGCUGCUCCUGGCUCCGGAUGGGACUGACUUUGACAACCCAGUGCAUCGGUCUCGGAAAUGGCAGCGGAGGUUCUUUAUCCUCUAUGAGCAUGGCCUCCUGCGCUACGCCCUGGACGAGAUGCCUACCACCCUUCCCCAGGGCACCAUCAACAUGAACCAGUGCACGGACGUGGUAGACGGGGAGGGCCGGACUGGCCAGAAGUUCUCUCUGUGCAUCCUAACACCUGAGAAGGAGCACUUCAUCCGAGCCGAGAACAAGGAGAUCAUCAGCGGAUGGCUGGAGAUGCUCAUGGUCUACCCCCGGACCAACAAGCAGAACCAGAAGAAGAAACGAAAAGUAGAGCCUCCCACACCACAGGAACCAGGGCCUGCCAAGAUGGCUGUCACCAGCAGCAGCAGCAUCCCCAGUGCUGAGAAAGUCCCCACCACCAAGUCCACCCUCUGGCAGGAAGAAAUGAGGGCCAAGGACCAGCCAGAUGGACGCAGCCUGAGUCCAGCCCCGAGUCCAGGCCAGAGCCAGCCUUCAGCUGCCAGCACCCUGCGGGAACCUGGGCUGGAGGGCAGAGAAGAGGAGGGCACCAUGAGCAGCGAGCAGAUGGACUGUGGCCGCAAAGUGCGGGUGGAGAGUGGCUACUUCUCCUUGGAGAAGACAAAGCAGGACUUGAAGGCCGAAGAGCAACAGCUGCCCCUACCACUCUCUCCCCCAAGCCCCAGCACCCCCAGCAACAGGUAUAGUUACCCCGAACCAUCCUCCCAGGAGCUUGGCCGUCCCCUUCCUUCCCCAGGUCCUCGGCCCACCAGCCGCACGAUCUGCAGCAUCUCCCUCAACUCCCUGGACGCAGCCAGCCGGCCCCCUGCUCACCUGGACUCUGACAGCGCUGGGGGGCGGGGAGCAGAGAGACUGGGGCACGCCUUUGCCUUUAAAGCCAGCAGGCAGUAUGCCACCCUGGCCGACGUCCCUAAGGCCAUCAGGAUCAGCCACCGAGAAGCCUUCCAGGUGGAGAGAAGGCGGCUGGAGCGUAGGACGCGGGCCCACAGCCCAGGCAGGGAAGAGGUGGCCCGUCUGUUUGGAAAUGAGCGGAGGAGGUCCCAGGUGAUUGAGAAGUUCGAGGCCUUGGACAUUGAGAAGGCGGAGCACAUGGAGACCAGUGCACCAGCUGGGCCCACAUCAGCCAGUGACACUCGCCAGGGCCGCAGCGAGAAGAGGGUGUUUCCCAGGAAGCGGGACCUCACCGCUGAAGCCCCUACAGCCCCGCUCCUGGAUGUGCCAGCUCCCCCCUUGUCUCCACACCGGAGAGCCAAGUCACUGGACAGGAGGCCCACGGAGCCCCCCGUGACGCCCGACCUGCUGAAUUUCAAGAAAGGCUGGCUGACCAAGCAGUAUGAGGACGGCCAGUGGAAGAAGCACUGGUUUGUCCUGGCAGAUCAAAGUCUGAGGUACUACAGGGAUUCAGUGGCUGAGGAGGCGGCUGACCUGGAUGGGGAAAUUGACUUGGCUACGUGUUACAAUGUCACUGAAUAUCCAGUCCAGAGAAACUACGGCUUUCAGAUACAUACAAAGGAGGGUGAGUUUGCCCUCUCCGCCAUGACGUCAGGGAUCCGGCGGAACUGGAUCCAGACCAUUAUGAAGCACGUCCAUCCAACCACCGCUCCUGAUGUGACGAGGAAAGACUUCUGUGAAACUCUGGGUGCUGAAGCCCAGAUUGGAAAACUGUUCCCUCCUGUAUUAACAUUCUGUGGUUCGUGCAUCUCACAAUUGGCUGCAUGCCUCCACCCUCCUGCCCUAAGCUCGUUGCCAGAGGAGAAGAGCAAGAGCAGCUCCCCUGAGACCUGCCCCAGGCCGAGUGAGAAGCAGGAGAGCGACACGGGGGAGCCAGACCCUGACCAGAGACGAAGCCGUGCUCGGGAGCGGAGGCGCGAGGGGCGCUCCAAGACCUUUGACUGGGCCGAGUUCCGCCCCAUCCAGCAAGCCCUCGCCCAGGAGAGGGCCAGUGCUACGGGGCCCUGCGAUGCCCGGGAGCCGGGGUGUCCUGAGGCGGACCCAGGGGAGCUGGAACGGGAGCGCACCAGGCGCCGGGAGGAGCGCCGCCGACGCUUCGGAGCACUCGACACUGUGGAUGGGCCGGGGGGCACGGAUGAUGCCAUCUUGCGGAUGGAGGUUGACCGGAGCCCGGGACUGCCCGUGACCCCAGACCUUAAGACACAGAGUGUCCAUGUAGAGAUUGAGCAGCGCUGGCAUCAGGUGGAAACCACCCCUCUGCGGGAAGAGAAGCAAGUGCCCAUCUCCCCACUGCACCUGGCCUCCUCUGAGGACGGGAGCGACCGGCUCCCCGCACAGGAGCUGACGUCUCUGCUGGAAAAGGAGGUAACAGCAAGGUUGGAACAGAGCCAGAAAGAGGCCUCCGAACUCCUGGAGCAGAACCGGCUCCUCCAGGACCAGCUGCGAGUGGCGCUGGGCCGGGAGCAGAGUGCUCGGGAGGGCUACGUGCUGCAGACUGAAGUGGCCGCCUCCCCGCCCGGCGCCUGGCAGAGGCUCCAUAAAGUCAACCAAGAUCUCCAAAGCGAGCUGGAAGCCCAGUGCCAGCGCCAGGAGCUGGUCAAUCAGCAGAUUCAGGCCCUGAAGCGGAGCUAUGGGGAGGCCAAGGACGCUAUCCGACACCAUGAGGCCGAGGCCCAGAGCCUCCAGGCAAGGCUGAGCAACGCCGCUGCCGAACUGGCCAUCAAGGAGCAGGCGCUGGCUAAGCUCAAGAGUGACCUGAAGCUGGAGAAGGACAAGGUUCGCGAGCAGCUGGAGGAAUGGCAGCACAGCGAGGCCGUGUUGAGCGGGCAGCUCAAAGCCAGCGAGCAGAAGCUCAAGAGUGCGGAAGCCCUGCUGCUGGAGAAAAUGCAGGAGCUGCGGGACCUGGAGACACAGCAGGCACUGCAGAGGGACCGGCAGAGGGAGGUGCAGCGGCUGCAGGAGCGUGUCGCCGACCUCAGUCAGCAGCUCGGCGCCAGUGAGCAGGCCCAGAGACUGAUGGAGGAGAAGCUGCAGAAGAACUACGAGCUGCUACUGGAGAGCUGCGAGAAGGAGAAGCAGGUGUUGCUGAAGAGCCUGAAGGAGGUAGAGGACAAGGCCAGCGCCUAUGAGGACGAGCUGCGGAACCGCGAGCAGCAGGUGGAGGUGCUGCAGAAGGAGAAGCUGAGUGCCAAGUUCGAGGGGAGUGAGCAUGUGCACCAGCUGGAGGAGCAGCUAGAAAAGAAGGAAGCCAGCAUCCAGGAGCUCUCCGAGCAUGUCCAGGGCCUCCGAGACGAGUGCGACCUCCUUAGGCAGCGCUUCCAAGAGCUGGUCGCCCGGGUCACUGUGUCUGACGGGGACGUUGCUGCACUGCAGGCACAGUUGAGGGGAAGGGAAUCCGACUACCAGAGCCUGGAACGCUCCUUCGGGGAGGUGUCCGGGCAGCUCCAGUGCAUGCACGCACUGCUGCAUGAGAGGGAGGAGGAGCUGGGGCGCAUCAAGGACCUGCACGAGAGAGUCGUGGAAAAGAAAGAGCAGGACCUCAGUGAGGCCUUGGUGAAGAUGGUGGCCUUGGGGAGCAGCUUAGAGGAGACUGAAAUAAAGCUUCAGGCAAAGGAGGAGAUGCUCAGGAAGCUAGCAGAUGAGCCUUCAAAGGAGUCAGAAGAGCCUCAUACCACCCUGGGGACAGACAGUGGCGGUAUUAUGCAUGUGGGCCAGCAACUCCAGGCCACAGGGGUGCCUCUGGGCAUCCCACACAUAGGGCCUAAGGGCAAGGACCCGGGGACUGACCUGGGGGAAGACAAUGGGGUAAGCAGCCCUGGUGGGGAAGACAGUACUGUGCCCCUGAGGUCACCGGAAGCACCUGAUGAUGAAGGGCACCUGGAGAGCAUGACAAGGCCCGACCCGGGGAUACCAGGUGUUAAAAGGCAAAAAAUCCGGUUCUCCACAAUCCAGUGCCAAAAAUACAUCCACCUCGAUGGGUCGGAGAAGGCCUGGACGAGCAGCGCGUCCUCUGAUACCAGCCAGGACCGCUCACUCUCAGAGGAAAGUAUGUCGUCAGAGCCUGCCCCCGGCCCACUCCCCGGGCCCAGCGACACAGACACCUACCUCUCCAUCAUACACUCCCUGGAAACCAAGCUGUAUAUCACAGAGGAGAAGCUCAAGGAUGUGACCCUGCGGCUGGAGAGCCAGCGCGGCCGAGACCAGGAGGCCCUGGUGGCACUGCACCACCAGUGGGCGGGCACUGAGGCACAGCUCCGUGAGCAGCUCCGGGCCAGCCUCACCCAGGCCAGCGCACUAGCCUCUCAGCUGGAGCUGGAGAGACAAGGCAGGGCAGCAUUCACAGAGAGCCACGCUGGGGAGCUCGGGGACUUCCAGGUGAAAAACAGCCAGGCCCUUACCUGCUUAGAAAAAUGCCUCGAGCAGCUAAGGUCCCUGCCACGGAUGGGCCCAGAAGAGGAGCACGCCGCCCCUGCGGCCUGUCUGGCCAGCAUGGAGGGCAUAUUAGCUGAGGCCAUCCAGGUCCUGCAGCUCGUGCCAGCUCCCACAGAUAACACAGCCCCUGCUCUGCAUGAGGACGGGAGCUGCCUGCAAGGAAGGAGACCCCCUGCUCAGCAGCCUGAGCUGACCGAGCAGGAACAGUUGAAGCGCCUCUCAGAUCAGAUAGCUUUGGAAGCCUCAUUGAUCAGUCAGAUCGCAGAUUCUUUACGAAAUACAACAUCUGACAUCUCUUGUAUCCUCCAAGAGAUUUCCCAGGUGGGAGGCUUGCCCCUGGAGUCUGAAAAUGCCACAGCUUGCCCUGGGCCUUUGGCAGAUUCCCUGGCGAAGAAGCUGCUGGUGGAUGGGGAAUUCUGGAGCCAGGUUGAGUUACUGAGCCAGCACCUGGUGACACUAGGAGGCGAGGCAGUAGAUGCCACUGAUGGGGGGUGGCUGGGUCUGGCACCUGCCCUGGCCCCUACCGUGGCAGACGCGACACUGGUCAGGGCCGAGCUGAGUUUUGUCACACAGUCGGUGAGGGAGUCGUUCCACCACCGGCUAAGCACUGUUCAGGACAAUCUGUGCAGCACCAGGGCGGCCCUGCAGCGGCUUAGGUGCACACUGAGCCAGAUCCUGGAGGCCUACCACACUCCGGAUUUUGACAGAGUGAUGCAGCAGGCUUCGGGGGCCCUCGGGCUUCAAGCAGGUGUUGAAGAAGGUGUCCUGCAGUCCUGGGACUUGAGUCUCGUGGGGGAAGUGCCGCGUCAGGACCCCAGCAGCGCCUUAGAGCCCUUUCAGCUAUCGGGUCGGCGCUCCAGCACCCUCAUUGCCGUGCAGGAGGAACUUGCCCAGCAGCUGAAAGCCAAGGCCCGCACCCUGGGGGAGAUAGCCACAGCUCUUGCCUGCCUUCCUCCUGCAGAGUCCAUAAGCAGCUGUCAGAAGCUUCUCCAGGCCUCCCAGACUCUUUCCUAUAGCAGUUGUUUGGGAGGUCUUGGUCAGUAUUCUUCACUGUUAGUUCAAGAUGCUAUCAUUCAGGCUCAGGUGUGCUAUGCAGCCUGCAGGAUUAGGCUGGAGUAUGAAAAGGAGCUCCAGUUGUACAAGGACUCGUGGCAGAGCAGGGACGCCCCCUGCCAGCGCCACGUGCAAGCUCUCGGGGCCCUGCGGGAGGAGUAUGAAGACCUUCUCCGGAAGCAGAAGAGCGAGUACCUGGAAGUGAUUGCCAUCAUCGAAAGAGAAAACGCAGAACUCAUGGCCAGGGUGACAGAGCUGGGCCAUCAGCAGGGCUGUCUGGAGGCGGUGGAGAGCAGGCAUAGUGCAACCGUGCGCACCCUGCAGGGGCGGCACAGGGAGGAGCUGCUGGGCGUGGUGGAGCCGCUGGGCCAGGCGGAGCGUACGCUGCAGGCCGAGCACAGCCGCGUCCUCAGCCAGCUGGACACCUCCGCGAGAGACCGGCAGGACCUGGAGCAGCACCACGUGGAGCAGAUGCAGACCCUCGAGGACAGGUUCCAGCUUAAGAUAAAGGAGCUGCAGGGUAUUCAUGCAGAGGAGCUGCGGACACUGCAGGAGCACUGUUCCCAGAACCUGCAGCGCCUGAAGGAAACCCUCAGCCACUGCCAGCAGCAGCGCCCUGGAGCCCUGCCGGCCCCCGGCCCCCCAAGCGGCCUGCCCCCACCCUCCCCCAGCUGGCCAGCCAGUCAGGCCAAGGGGGUAGCCGAGUCCGCAGCCAGGCUGCACGAGCGCAUCCAAGAGCUGGAAGCACAGACGGAUGCCAUGCGGGAGGAGCUAGAGCACAAGGACCUGGAGGGUGGUGCGGCCACGCUGCGCAAGAAGUACCAGAGAGACUUGGAGAAUCUGAAGGCCACAUGUGAGCGGGGGUUUGCAGCCAUGGAGGAGACACACCAGAAAAAGAUUGAGGAUCUGCAGAGGCAGCACCAGCGGGAGCUAGAGAAGCUGCGCGAAGAGAAGGACCGCCUCCUGGCAGAAGAGACUGCCGCCACCAUCUCAGCCAUCGAGGCCAUGAAGAACGCCCACCGGGAGGAGAUGGAGCGGGAGCUAGAGAAAAGCCAGCGCUCCCAGAUCAGCAGCAUCAACUCGGACAUUGAAGCCCUGAGGCGGCAGUACCUGGAGGAGCUGCAGUCGGUGCAGCGGGAGCUGGAGGUGCUGUCAGAGCAGUACUCACAGAAGUGCCUGGAGAACGCCCACCUGGCCCAGGCACUGGAGGCUGAGCGGCAGGCCCUGCGGCAGUGCCAGCGUGAGAACCAGGAGCUCAACGCCCACAACCAGGAGUUAAAUAACCGCCUGGCUGCAGAGAUCACACGGCUACGGACAUUGCUGACCGGGGACGGUGGAGGGGAGGCUGGGGGCUCGCCCCUCACACAGGGCAAGGAUGCCUACGAGUUAGAGGUCUUACUGCGGGUCAAGGAGUCAGAGAUACAGUACCUAAAACAGGAAAUCAGCUCUCUCAAGGACGAGCUGCAGACAGCACUGCGGGACAAGAAGUACGCUAGCGAUAAGUACAAAGACAUCUACACGGAGCUCAGCAUCGUGAAGGCAAAGGCAGACUGCGACAUCAGUAGGCUGAAGGAGCAGCUGAAAGCAGCUACGGAAGCCCUGGGCGAGAAGUCCCCAGAAAACACCACGGUGUCAGGAUACGAUAUAAUGAAAUCUAAAAGCAACCCUGACUUCUUGAAGAAAGACAGAUCCUGUGUCAGCCGGCAACUCAGAAAUAUCAGGUCAAAGUCGGUAAUUGAGCAGGUCUCAUGGGAUAACUGAAACGAGCCCGAGUCCAGGCCCCCUGUCGUGUAGAGUCUGAAGGAAGGCCUGACGGUGCAAGAGCGGUUGAAGCUCUUUGAAUCCAGGGACUUGAAGAAGGACUAGCUCCUCCCAUCCCACCUGAACGCCCCCCAGCUCACAGCAGUCCAGCCGAGCGCUGCUCCCUGCUGCACCUGACCUUAUCACUCUUGUCGUUGGCGUCACCGCUGUCUGGGGUACGGGUAUAUGAGGCUGCGUCACGGGCUGCUCACACCAGUCCCUGUGCGAUGAUUCCGACUUCCCAGUGUCUUAUCAAAGCUCUUUCUCGUGGUAUCAGAAUUGAGUCAGUCAGCUGGGAGCCGAGCAUCUGUCUUGAUACCUACCCCCUUCCUUGCUGUAACCACCACACUAACUAUCAGUAUUAAGGCCAACAGCCUGUCGAUAAGCUAGCUCCGUCUCACGCGUGCACUGGGGCCGUGGGCCAUGGGUGGCUCCUGCUCUGCUCACGGCAGUGGUGUGGUGCUGGGUCCUCUGCAGCCAGGCACUCCGUGAGGUAGACUUCCUCGUGGUCACCCUCUGGCUCCAGCACAGCUGUCAGGACACUGGCCAGCCUGGGUCGCAGCACUGCAGCUCACUAGCCUACAGGGAGAAGCUAGAGGAAGAAACACAGGCCUCCCUCUGGGGGACUGACAUUUGGGAGGACAGCAUUUUGUAUUUGUUCCACUAAUGCAGCUUAGAACCAUAUCCCAGAUAAUUGGGGUAAACCUAUCACAACCUGAAAACUGUUGAAAGCAACCGUUCCUAAUUUUGUUUGUUUUUUUAUUAAAUCUUGCACAAAAUACCAGGUCCCCCUCUCCUUGCUUCCUCCGACUGUUCCUUUCUUAGUCGUUAAUAACCCUGGUAUUUUCAGAAUGACUUCAUGUUGACCUGCAGCCUGGUGUUUUGAACUGUGAGUGCAAAUAAUGAUGAGUUCCCCAUAGGGAACCAUUCAGAGGAAAAAGAGAACAUUCGUUUUACCCUUUCUGAAAAGAAACUGUCAAGUUGCUUUUGAAAAGGUUGAGAGAACCCGUAUGUUAAGUCAAGAAGACAGUAGAGAGGAUGUCUGUGUAUCACGGAAACUGUCCACUAGGAUGUAUUCAUGCAUCUUAACUCUGGUUUAGUUCAUCUGAGCGCGAUUGUUUACCUUUCAGAAAGCCUAGUUACAAUAACUGUAUACCAACAACUUUGCUUUUUCUAAUAGUUGGAGCAAGAUCUUGUAAACUUCCAGGAAGUGUCGUACAGGCCUGUUAGGUUUCUGUGUGACCUUAUGGAGACCCUGAGUCCCACUAAGAUGAGGAGCACAAGCACCUGCAGCCAGGUAGGCACUGGAGUCCUUCUGGUUCCCUGGCUGCACAGGCAGGGCAGUGGUCACUGCUGUGGGGCAGUCAGCAUGUCGUAUUCAUGCUUGCAGUAGACUUAUGGUCUCUGUGGUACAUGGAGAAGCCCUGGUGGCACAGUGCCUAAACACUCAGCUGCUAACCGAAAGGUGGAUGGUUCGAACCCACCAGCCACUCUGAGGGAAAAAGAUGUGGCAGUCUGCUUCUGUAAAACUGACAGCCUUGGAAACCCUGGGGGGGCAGUUCUACUCUGUCCUAUAGGGUUGCUAUGAAUCGGAAUCAAGUCGAGGGCAAUGGGUUUGGGUUGUUUGUUUUGUGGUACAUGUAUAUUGUGGGGUAAAAAUGCAAAAACAAUCUUGCUCACUUUCUAGAUUGUUACCUCGUUCAUGCUCCUGUUGCUGGAGCAUGUAAGCAUUUCAAGGACUCCUCGCCUAUACCCCUCACUCCUUUGCUCCUAUUUUUCCAUGUUUCUAAGAGCAGGAGAAAAUUAUCUCUUUUUAAGAAUCUUCUCAUCUGCAAAUGGGCCAGGCCCUUUUGUGUCACUGGGAAAGGAGCCAGCAGGACUACUCAGAGCUCGCACUAGGCCAUCGGCUCCCGAAGGCAAUGACACAGCCACGAAUGUCCUCAGACAGGCCCGGGCCCAAGGGUCAGUGGGGUGCGAGGGGACGGAAGUGCCCUCGCUGUUUCCCAGGCAUCUGGCUUGCUGGGGUGCUGGAGCCUUACUGCGUGUGCCGACACACUCAUCUCUGGGAACCUCAGGCCUUCCCCCCAGCAGCUCCUGCACCCACAAUGCCACAGGGGGCUUCUGGGUGGAGCAGUGCUUAGACACAGGCUCCUCCUGCCUGAGGACUCCACACCCUUGGUGUUCUGAGUCCUAGCUUUUAUUCUUCUCUUGCCCCUUGAGGCUAGACCGCAGGAAUCCUAGGAAACCUAUAUGUUGAGGGCAGCAUUCUGGGCUGAGAAGGCAGGAAAAGCUUGGCACCUACAUGCCCCUUGUCCAUAAAGGCACCCCACCUUUCACUCUGGAAUGACGGGGGACUCGCGCCCCCAGGCUGGUUGAGUUUGGAGCAUUCCCCAGAAAGGAGUAUUAAUGUGGAGCCAGUGCAAAACUGGGAGCCCCUCUCCUCUCUGAAAAGCUGCUCCUGCUCAGCCCCUAAAAAAUGCUCUGAGCCCACCCUGGAGCUGGAGUAUUGCUGAUAUUGCUUCAUCAAAUAGUGAGCACUCUGCAGGGUCUCCCCCAGGGACAAGAGCGGCGAAAGAGGAGAGACUGUUCACUGCAGCCCUGCGUGCGUCGCGGCACACGGUAUGUACCUAGAGUGGUCCACCUGCGGUGGAUGCAGAGCUGCCAUUUCUUGGCGUGGGACCCUGCAGGUCAUCCAGGGGGCACCAUGUCCAUACUGGAGAGAAGAACGAAGAGAAAUGUAGGCCUACAUUGGUUUCUGGAUGGUACAGAAAGGUCCUGCGCAGGGGCUGAGGCCUCCCUGUAGGGUGGUGGCACAGCCAUGACAGGGUCGUGUGACUAUGAACCACUGACUCUCAGGCUGCCCCUUGGUACCUCUGCUCCCGCCCCGAAGCAAGCAUAGGCAAGCCUUUCCCACCUCAGAGGGGAGGGAACGAUGGAAUGGAUAGAAUCUUCUCAGUUUUAAUUACUGUCCUGUAAAUAUUUAUUACUCCAUUUGUAAUCUGCACCACUUCACCAAACAGCAUUCAUAACCUGGCAUGGGAACCUGUAAGUAACCCAGGCCAAAUAUAUUAAUGGAAAAACUAAAUAGUUUACCUUUGUGUGACAGUUUCUGUGAGUGAUACAGAAGUCACAUUGUGUGUGCCUGUGCACGCUUGUGCAUACGCACACACACAGCAGUCAUUUCUGCUGACAAAUACGUUGUGUGCUUGUGAUUUCAAAACUAGCGUUCCCAGCGAUGAGUGGUCUCAGCCCCUGGUGAGGUUUGGCAGAGGGGGGUUUGCCAUUGGAAACUGAAGCCUCAGCCAGAAGGAGCCACCGUGAGGCCUGGAGUGCUGGAGCAGCAGUGCACAGACAGGUGGUGGAGGCAGCUUUGGGAGUGUGUGCCACAGCAAGCAAGGGCUCCAUUGUCCCAGGGAGGCUCCUCUCCAGGGACCCAACAGGUGUAAAGGUGGGACAGGAGGUAGAAAGGGUCCUGCAGGCUCAGAUAUAGGGAGACUCAGCAAGGGGCUCUCCACACAGCAGACAGCCGGGUCCCACCACUCACCAUGGGCCCAACAGCUGUUUACCAGGGAGUCUGGCUCGGACAUGACUCAGGAAGACAGGGAUUACAGUUUUUAAAAAACAAAAUUGUUGCACCUCAGUGUGUGCCUGAGCGGAACGCCAACAGAGUAAGGCCAGCAAACAAAAUUGGUGGCCGACAAACAUUUUUAUAGAGAUGUAUUACUACCAUUAUUUUACGACAGAGAUAGAACACUAAUUUUUGGCCACCUGCGAACAGCAUGAGGCUGGAACGCCAACACCUGGCUUUCUUUUCACAAGGAUGUCCCGUGAGGCACAUGUACAGUAGAAAGUCCCUAAUGGGGCACAGCCGUGUGGCACGCAACAGGACGGCCUCCUGCCUGCCUUGGGGCUGAGUCCAGCCUCUGGGCCCCUCGUGGGCUACACACAGUGGGGCCAAGCCAGGGCCUCCCAGCUCUCACCAGUUACGCCAGAAGCAGUCUCUCUGCUUAGAAAGGGUCUCUGGCCUCCCUUUACCACGUAGUAACUCCCUUUGGUUCCUGAGGCCCCCAGGGCUGGUGUGGGCACCCAGGUCCCGUUUGGCCUACUCUCCUUUGAAUACAGCCUGUGGCCCCGUUUCAGGGUGGAGUAUGAGAACGUACCUCUGUCCCUACCCCUCUGUGCCUGCGUGUGCACGGCUAAGCCAGCACCAGCUUUCUCACUGCUGCUCUUUUAUCCAAUAAUUGCUCUAAGUUCUAAGAUAGUUUUUUUCCCAUGGAAUUCAAAGACACUUUCAUUUAGUGGGAAAAGAAUGCAGCCCAUCAAGAUUUAUUUUUCCUGACAGUGAAAGUUUGUUCUCCAUCAUCCUAAAGCACUUUAGAAUUUAACACUUUAUAAGACAUGAUUAAAAAAAAAAAAGGGAAUUCACAGUGACCUGACCUCUUUAUCACCAAGAAGGGGGAAAGAAUUAAGUAUUCUCAGAGCUUUACAAAGGACAGGGAAGUAUAUAUUAUACUUGGGAAAUUAAAGCUUUUAAAAAGGUUUGGCACUUUAAUUAGAAGUUAAUUUCUCUGGAAGCUUUAGUCACUUAAAGUAUCUCAGACCCUGAAAAUCCGGGACAGUGAACGCACCGUUCCUGUGUCGUGUGAAGCAGGAAGUGUUAGCCAGGUGGAUCUGACUUGCUGCUGUCCUGUGGGUGUUAGCAUAGCCCAGCCAGGGCACGGGGGUGCACAUCAGAGAUGCCCUUCUGUUCUGGAAGCACCUGGGAAGAAUGCAGCUGCGGACUUAGUCUUACUUUCAGUCAGGGUAUCUGCACCGUGCUUUUUCCCUCCUUCACCUUCAUAGGCUGUUCUGCCUUUUUUUUUUUUUUUUUAAGAGAAAUUACUUGACUGCUCAGAUAAAAUACCCCUUUCCCAGUCAGCGGACACAGGAAUUGCCACUGGGUUUGUCAUAAACAGCCCACCUUGAAGUUUAUCGCUAUACAAGUGAGCUUCUCUCCUCUGGCUUUUCUAUGUCACCAAACCCUCACAAACUCAGUGCACAAUUGGGUUUUUGAGCCUAUAAAAGGUCAAGUCUGUCAGUGUUCGCCAUACAAAGUCAUGAGGCAUUUUGUGACACUUUUCGUUUCUCCACAGCAGGCUAAGUCAGGUCAUUCUCACAUCACUCUUAAAAGAUGACUGCAGUGUCUGUGUACAGUUCUGUAUGUUUAUACACAGCAUUUGGCAGCAUCACAGUUGAAAGCAAUAAGAUCCAACUGAGGUGAGGUCUAGUAAAACCACUUGUUUUAGGGUCUUUGCUAGGAAGAUGUUACGUAACUCCAACAUGAAAAACUAUCAAUUCCUCCCAGGUUUUGUCUGCUACAGAAAGAUUCCUGCUUUAUUCUUUUGCCCUUUUGAAAACAAUGAGUUUCAAGUAUUCUUGUCUUUAAAUGUCAUCAUUGUUUUUCCGUAAAGGGAAGAGGUCUCCCUUCUCUUAACAUCUUUUAACAGAAGGCUCUCACCUGAGUAAGGAAGUUAAUAGCCCAACACUAAUGAACCCUCUGUAUCGAGGAAGUGGCCCUUUGUUUAAACACACCUUUGGUUCACUUCUCUGGGUGUUUGCUUCUCUGUGGUUCUUAUACAGUACUUUGUAUAUACUUAAAGCUACUACUGCUCACUCAGCGAAGCUUGCAAUUUCGCUAUAUUUAAAGGCAGCUUUGUUUAUUUUCUUCAAGAUAACCUGUAUAUAAUUCAGAGCAAGCAGUGUAAAUAGUACUCAGAAGUUAACUGCAGGGAUUUUUGUGACAAAGUUUGUGUGGAUUUUUCUAAAAUCUUAUAAUACAGACAGACAUUCCUUUUUAAGGUAAGAAGAACCGCUUUGGGUGCAGUGUUGAACUGCACCCAGCAUUCAAAGGGAAUAUUUUUAAUGACUGUUACAACUUUUUAAAUGCUUUGGUCCCUUGAUAGAUGGUUUUAAAGAAUGUAUACAGUACCUGACCCUACAGCCAUGACUUAUUUUUAAUUGAAUGAAUUCUAUAAUAGUUCUUGGUAGAUCCAUUCAGAGGCCUUUAGUAAAAUCACGAAAAUGAAGAAAGCUGACCAAUACUUCAGACAAUACCUAUACACAGUAACUUCAGACUGUUGUGGGGAGACUUGGUUGGAGGCACAGGACUGGACUCAGGGAUCUAAGCACGUGACUGACAACGUCCAGGACUAUAUACGUGCUGUGUGCAAGCGCGCAGCUUCCCCAGCUCCUCGGCUGUGUCCUGUGAUACCACAGAGGCCGCACAGCUUGUAACUUGUGGUAUGCUCUUUUACAAAAUGAAUCAAUGUCAAGUGUAACAAAACAUUGAGUCAUAACAUUUUUAAGAACUGGAUAACCCACAAUUGUAGGACAAGCAGGGAGGGUGUUAACAUUUGACGCGGGUUAAAUAAACUGUUGGUCUCAAAUUGUGACUGUGGUGGUGGACCCUUACCCCAACUGCAGUGUGAAUUCACCCCAAGACCAGAUUGUCAUCAGACAUGGCCACACUGCUUCGUGUCCUACUGAACCUGCCCCUGCUUUCUGGCCACAUCACUCAGCUUUAUGUUAUAGAAAGCUAGGAACAGACUGUAAAGCACAGUAAAUUCACUAUUGUGUUAUAUCACAAAACUUCAAGUAAAAUGGAUUUAAAAGGAUUUUAGAACUUACCUUUUAGUAUUAAUGACUUAUCUACUGACUUAUUUUUAGGAUUCCAAACCAGUUAAGUGAUAAGAAUUCAUUCAUGUGCUUUGCCUAAUAUUUAUUAAAGGUAAAAUACCCCGGUAGCUCUUCAGCAAUUAUACUACUUAAUGAUUUGUCUCACAAAUGUGCCCUUCCAUCAGGGCAAAUGCCUCAGCUCAGCCACUGAAGAUAGAAUUUACCUGUGCCAGCGUGUUGGUGGAGCUGAUACACGAACACAGGGACGAAUGGGGGUAAUUGUCUCUGCUGUAACACGUCUGAAAUAAUUCCCAGCAACCUCUCCUGCCCAGCAGAACAAGCUUAGAUACUUUAACUGGUGUUUAAUUUCUGUAGUAAUGCUAAAUGAUAAAGUUCACCAGACUCAAAAUUAUGUGCAGAAGGAAGCAGAGGCCCGAAGAAACCAGGCAGAGCUGAGCAGGAAGCCUCUGUCUGCACAAGGCUCCACCUCGGGCCUGACAGCCAGCUCAAGGCACUGCAGUGUCCCCGAGGACGGCCUCGCAGCAAAGCUGCUCUUUUCUUGACAGUCCAAGAAGUAUAGUUUAGUUUGUUUUUUUUUUUUCGGGGGGUGGGGGGGUUGUUUUGUUUCUUUAAACAUAGGUUCUGAUCAACUGUCCUUCGCUGCAAUUGAAGUGGUAACUUUGUUAAAAUAUUUAUUCCUUUGUGUGACACGCUAGAUUCCCGUGGAUGUAGCUGAUGACUUUUGUAAAUAUUACCUGACCUUACAUGAAUUACAUCAUAAUAAACUAUUUUUGCAUCACCCCUUGCAUGCUGUGUAAUAAGGUUUUGUUUAAUGCAGGGUGGGAUAUAUGCCAAAUAAGCUUUUGGGUCACAGGUCAUAAAUAAGUAGCCUAGAAAACCACAAUGACUCUGCUUGGGUUUGUUUUUUAACUUGUAUAAACUUUUUUUUUUUUUUUUUUUAAGGCUUUGGAUUAGCUGUCAGCAUUUUAAAAUUAGGAGAUUUCACAUAAAAAUCCAGAUUUGACAUGUUCACACCCAUAAGUAUGAUUUAUUUUUGAGUAGCGGAAAGAUCUGGUAGCAACAAUGCCCAGAUGACUCACGGAGCAGCCCUCUACGGUAAGGGACGUGCGCUGCAGUUCCCUGAAGGCCUGCUCUCUGCUCCUGUCUGCAGCACCGCCUACAGCACCCUGGGCAGCAGAGUGUGGGGCCCUUGUGAUAAGUUUUAAAAAGAUUUGCUGCUAUUUUCAUGCUUUACCACAGUGGCUUUCAAACAUCUGACUACAACUCAGGGUAGUAUUUUACGCACAGGAUCUAGUUAAGGUACAAUGUCUCAGUUGAGCCAAAAUGACAGUAUGAAAUACUAAUGACGGUGAUGACUUUAAUGAAGGUACCAUAAGCCAUCCACAUCUGUCCCAAUUAUUAAUAGAUGUAUUUAAGUCAAAAUUUUACAUUUUGUUUAAGAAAGAAAUGUACUUUAUAUCAUGGCCGAAAUACACAUACACACACCCCAAACCAAAAUUUCACAAGGUACUUACUGUACUCUAUGAUACACACUCUGAUGUUUCUAUUCUGCUUCAUUUUUUUAAUUCUAGUUGCUACCCAAUAAAUUUAAAAACUGGAAUCCCCCACCCCACAUUGUCGUACUUGCUACAAUGAAAUGUUUGUAAAUGACUGUGUGGGAAUCCAUUUUUUUUUUUUUUUUUUCAGAUAAACAGAAAAAAAUUAAAGUCUGAUUUAACUUAAGGAAUUAAAAAACUCAGCAAAAAUGCAGGCAACUACAGACACAUAAAGGGUACAUAUAAAGUUGUAACCUUUAUGUGUCUGUUUUAGUAGUUCAAGGCUGCUUCUGUUAUUUUUUGCCCAUUUUUUAAAAAAUAAAUUAUUCUGGCCAAAAGUACCCACCAAAGUUAAUACUUGUUGUUAGGUGCCAUCUGGUCGGUUCCAAUUCAUAGUGACCCUAAGUACAACAGAACAAAACACUGCCCGGUCCUGCUCCAUCCUCACAAUCCUUGUUAUGCUUAAGCCCAUUGUUGUGGCCGGCCACUGUGUCAGUCCAUCUCUUUGUCCCUCUUUUUCGCUGACCCUCUACCAACUAUGAUGUCCUACUCCAGGGAUUGAGCCCUCCUGACAAUAUGUCCAAAGUAUGUGAGACGUAGUCUCACCAUCCUUGCUUCCAAGGAGCAUUCUGGGCGCACUUCUUAAAAGGCAGAUUUGUUCAGUCUCUUGGCAGUCCAUAGUAUAUUCAACAUUCUUCUCCAAGACCACAAUUCAAAGGCAUCAAUUCUUCAGUCUUCCUUAUUUAUCAUCCAACUUUCACAUGCAUAUGAGGCUAUUGAAAACACCAUGGCUUGGGUCAGGCGCCCCUUAGUCUCCAAGGUGGUAUUUUUGCAUUUCAAUAAUGGACACUGGCCUAAUAUAAUGGCAUUCUGUAAGCCUUAAUGCCCACUAUUUUUGUAAGCUGUAUACAUGAAACUUAAAAAAUCAAUUGGCAUUUGAAAAAAUCUAACACCCUUUCCUAAUAAACAGGAAUAGAAAGGGACUUCCUCAACCUGAUAAGGAGCCCUGGUGGCACAGUGGUUAAGAGUUAGCUACUAUUCAAAACGUUGGCAGUUCGAAUCACCAGCUGCUUCUUGGAAACCCUGUGAAGCAGUUCCGCUCUGUCCUAUAGGGUUGCUAUAAAUUGGAAUCGAAAACCCACAGCUAACAUCAUACUGGUGAAGAAGACUGAAAGCUUUCCCUGUAAGAUGGGGAGCAAGACAGGAUGCCUGCUCUCACCACUGCUAUUCAACAUCGUACUGGGAGUUCUAGCCAAAGCAAUUUGCAAGAAAAGGCAUCCAAGUCAGAAAGGAAGCAGUAAAACACUAUUCACAUCAUGAUCCUAUAUAUCUAGAAAAUCUUAAAAGAAUCCACAAGAAAGCUACUAAAAAAAAAAAAACAAUAGACCUAAUAAAUUCAGCAAAGUUGCAGGGUACAUGAUCGACAUACAAAAAUCAGUUACAUUUCUUUACCCCAGCAGCGAACAAUCUGAAAAGGAAUUUAAGAAGUUUCUGUUUAUAAUAGCACAUAAAAGAAUGCCUAGGAAUUUAACCAGGAUGAUCAAAGACUAGUAAAUUGAAAACCAUAAAAGGUGGCUGAAAGAAAGAAGACCUAAAUAAGUAGAAAGGCAUCCCAUAUUGUGUUCAUUGACUGGAAUACAUAACAUUGUUAAGAUGACAGUAUUCCUGAAAUUGGUCUCCAAAUUCAAUGUAAUCUCUACUAAAAUCCCAGCUUCCUUUUUUGCAGAAAUUGAUCAACUGAUCCUAAAAUUCAUAUAGUAUCCAGAAUAGACCAAACAAUCUUGUAAAAGAACAAAGUUGGAGGAUUCAUGCUACUGGGUUUCAAAGUUUACUACAAAGACUUAAGUAAUCAAGACUGUGGUACUGGUAUGAAGACAGACAAGACACAUCAACAGAAUAGAACUGAGAGUCUAGAAAUAAGCCUUUCCAUUAAUGAUUAACUGAUUUUCAACAAGGGUGCCAAGACCAUUCAAUGGGAAAAGAAGAAUCUCUUAAACAAAAGAUGCUGGGCUGUCAACUGUAUCUCCACAUGCAAAAGGUGAUGUUGAACCCCCACUUUUCACCACAUGCAAAAAUUAACUCAAAACUGACUAAAGACCUAAAUGUAGGAGCAAAGACUAUAAAACUCUUAGAAGAAAACAUAGGCACAAAUCUGUAUGACCUUGGUUUGGCAACAGUUUCUUAGAUAUGACACAAAAGCAUAAGCAACAGAGGAAAAUAAAAUAGGUAUUUGGGCUACAUCUAACGUGCUGCAAACAAUACCAUCAAGAAAGUGAAAAAAGAAGGGCAGAGCCCACAUGGUGCCCUAGAGAGAAGCAUCAUACCAUCCCUCUGCAGCAAAGACCUGAAAAACUAGAAGAUACAAAUGUCAAUUGUAGAAUCCUAAGCAUCAUAUGAAGGAAUAAAGAAAUAACUGAAACACUGAAUGGUAGAAGAAACUAAAGGAAAACAGAGGAGGAAGAGAGAGAUGGAGUGGAGGUCCCAUGUCAACGAACACAGCACAAGAUUGUGAAGACAAUUUCACAGAGCCCCCAACAGGAGUAAGAGCACCAGGGAACCAGACAAACAUGCUUUCCUGCCUCUCAUCCUUCUGCCCUGUAUGCCACCUCCAGACAGGCCAUGCUGAGCCACCUUAGGUAGAGAGGCACGGGCGCUGCCAGCCUGGGUCUGCCCUGCCCCACCUGCCAGUUCCUGCCACACCAUUUUUCCACCUUUUUUCCUUUUCUUUCUCCCUCCCACCUAACGCAUACCCCACCUCUACCUCUUCCCACCGAGCUAUGACACACCGCCUUGGCUAGAGAGUCACUGGCCGUAUGCCAGCCUGGGUCCACCGUGCACCCAUCCAGUGGCUCCAGCUGUGCCAUUUUUUCUUCUCCUCUCCUUUUCUUUCUCCCUCCCACCUAGCCUGUACCUCACCUCUACUCCUUCCUGCCAGGGCAUACCACACAACCUUGACUAGAGAGACACCAGCCUGACGCAAACCUAGGCCAACCCCACCAGCUUUUACCAUGCCAUUAUUUUCCCUUUCUUCCUUUCCUUCCUCCCUCCCACCUAGCCCCAUAUGCCACCUCUACUCCUUCCUGCCAGGCCCACCACCAGUAGAGAGCUACUGGCCCAUCACCAGCCCAAUACCCCCUUACUCCCACGUUCCAGCUCCUGCUGCACCGUAUUUAUUUUUUUAGUCUUCCUCUUCUUUCUCCCUCCUGCUUAGCCCCUUACCCCACCUCUAUCCCUUCCCGCUGGGCCACGUCACACCACCUUGGCUAGAGAAGCACCAGCCUACUGUUAGCUCAGGUCCACCCUUCACCCCAAUUAACGGCUCUGCCACACCAUUUUUUUUCUCCCUCCCAUGUAGCCAUGUAUGCCACCUCUACCCCUUCCUGCCAAGCCUCACUGCAUCAACUGCAGGUAGAGAGCUACUGGUCUCCCACUGCCCCAGGUCCCACCCGCCACUCUAAUAGCUGCUGAAUGGAGGGACACAAACCCAUAGCACUCCCCGUCCAACACCCUCGCUUAUCUGGCUAGGGGCUGUGAAUGCUCCCGUGCCACUGGCCCAACAUCAGGAGGCAGACAGUGCCCACCCAGUCUGCCCUAAUCCACCUCGCCAAACCAGUGUACAGCGAAGAGGGCACACCUUGCCUGCUGCUGCCCUGCCCACCCAGACAAGGUAGUGAGAGCUAUCGUGACCACAGAUGACCAAGCUGCAAAGCACACCUGGCCCACAUGCCCUGACAUAACAAAACAAAACAAAGAAGCUGGAUAAAACAAAUGAACAAUCAAUAAAUAACACUUUAAUGUCUGGGAGACAGCAAACAAAAUCAAAACAUAUUAAAAAGUAGGACAAGAUGGUUCCAGCAAGUGUCAAAAAUAAUCAGAUGACCUUCCAGUAGAAAAGGCAGUGGAACUAUCUGAUAUGGAAUUCAAAAGACUAAUAGGGCUCUCCGAAAGAUUAGGAAAGAGAUCAAGAAAAACAUAGCUAAAAUCAAGGAAAACACAGACAAAGCAAUAGAAGAAUUCAGAAAAAUAAUACAAGAACAAAACUUCAAAAUAGUAAUUAGAAAUCAUACAAAUGCAGCAACUAGAAAUCCAAAAGAUAAACAACAAAAUUUCAGAAAUGGACAAAUCAAAAAAAGGCUUUAGAGGCAAAUUUGAAACAACAGAAGACAGAAUCAGCAGAUUGAAGAUAAAUCCAUGGAUGCCACUUUGUUUGAGGAAAAGUCAGAGAAAAGAAUGAAGAAAACCUAAGAAUUAUGUGGGACACAAUCAGGAGAAAAAUUUGCACACAAUCAGAGUUCCAGAACAGGGGGAGAAAAUGGAAAACACAGGAAAGAUUGCUGAAGAUUUGCUGACAGAAAACUUCACAAAUAUCAUGACAGAUGAAAAACUGACCAUCCAAGAAGCUCAACAAACCCCAUAUAGGAUAGACCCCAAAAGAAAAUCACCAAGACAAGUCAUAAUCACACUUGCCAAAACCAAAGACAAAGAAAGAAUCCUGAGAGCAACUCAGGAAUAAAAAAAGUCACUUACAAAGGGGAAACAAUAAGAUUAAGCUGUGACUACUCAGCAGAAACCAACAGGGAAGAAAGCAAUGAGAUGACAUAUACAAAACCUUGAAAAAAAUACUACCAACCAAGAAUAAUAUAACCUGCAAAACUCUCAAACACAGUGGCAAAAUUUGGACAUUUCCAGAUGAACAGAAAUUAAGGGAAUUUGUAAAAACCAAACCAAACUUACAAGUAAUAUUAAAGGGAGUCCUUUUUUUUUUUUUCAGUUAGAGAACCAACAACAACCAGAUUCUAGGACACAGGACAGCAUCAGCCAGAUACCAACUUAGGUAAAGAACUCUCAGUAAAAAUUAAAAAAAUUUUUUAAAAGCUGAAAGAAAACAAGGAAACAGAGACAAUCUGUAAAUGACAACAACAUCAAAACAAUAAAAGGGGAGAAUAAACAGUGUAGGUAUAGAACUUUCAAAUGGAGAGGAAGUCAAGGCGAUAUCAAGUAAUAAAAGACUGGCUCAAACUUAAGAAGAGGUGGGUAAAUUUCAAGGUAACCACAAAGAAAGUUUUAACAAACCUACUCACCAGAACAAAAAAGAAAAUCAUAAAGUCUCAGUAAACUCAAAAUCUAUAAUAAUGAAAGAAUAGAAAAGAAAAUCCACAAACGAAAGGAACUCAGCAAGGAAAGUAAAAAGAACAAAGAAAAUGUCAGCACCACAAGAAAAAAGCAUAAAAUUUGACACUAAUACAGUCAUACGUACUGAUAAUCACACUGAGUAUAAAUGACUUGAACACACCUGUAAGAGUGAUAAAAAAAAAAAAUGGAUAAAAAAGCACAACC